AGAGGCAGCAACUUGCAGAGAAGCUAGGCAAAAUAAUGGCGUCUGUGAUGACCUGCAGCAGCAUUGGUCUCAGGGCCCAUGUGUGGCUUCUUUUCGUUCUGCUUCCGGUGGUGUUGGUGGUGCUUCUGCCGGGAGUGCAUGGAGGAAAGAAAUUCUCGGCCGUCUUCAUGUUCGGCGACUCCAUCGUCGACCCCGGAAACAACAACCACCGGCUGACGGAGGCGAAGGCCAACUUCCCACCUUACGGGCAGGACUUCCCUGGCGGCGUUGCCACCGGGAGGUUCUCCAAUGGGAAGGUCCCCGGGGACUUCUUGGCUUCUAAGUUGGGUGUUAAGGAGCUACUGCCUCCUUACCUUGGUGGUGAUCUUCAACUAAAUGACCUACUCACUGGUGUGGCCUUUCCGUCUGGAGGCAGUGGAUAUGAUCCGCUCACAUCUACACUCUCGAAUGCCAUGUCGAGUGCGGAUCAACUUGAAUUAUUCCGUGACUACAAGGAGAAGCUAACAGCUUUGGUUGGAGAAGAGGAAAUGGCACGUGUUCUGUCGCAAGCCUUCUUCUUUACAGCCAUGGGAUCAAAUGACAUUCUAAAUAAUUAUUUUACACUUCCUUUGAGACGCAAAGAAUAUGACCUUCCUUCCUAUGUGGACUUUCUCGUCUCUUCGGCGAUCAACUUCACCACGACUCUGAACGAUAUGGGAGCUAAGACGAUCGGAUUUGUUGGUGUUCCACCAUUGGGUUGUUGUCCUUCACAAAUAACACUUGGAGGAAGUCCAUCAAGAGAAUGCGAUCCAUUAAGGAAUCAAGCAUCAGAACUAUUUAAUUCGAAAAUGUCAAAGGAAAUAGAUCGACUAAAUGCAGAACGAAAUGUUUAUGGAUCAAAGUUUGCUUAUGUCGACAUAUACUACAAUGUACUCGAUCUUAUUCUGAAUCCAGCUUUGUAUGGUUUCAAGGAGGUAAGCGAAGGUUGCUGUGGUAGCACAGUGUUAGAUGCUGCGAUAUUCAUUGCAUACCACAGUGCAUGUCCAAAUGCCAUUGAUUAUAUUUUCUGGGACGGCUUCCAUCCUACCGAGAAGGCCUACGACAUUGUAGUGGACAAGCUCAUACAGCAAAGUACGCAGUACCUAAUGUGAAGAAACUUUCUUUGUAUACAAUACAAAGAAAAUGUUAUUGCACGCUCUAAAGUUGAUAUAAUAUUCAUUACUGUAUCUAGGACAAUUUGACCAUGCAUGUAAGUUGAUGAGGACAUUUGCCAAAUGGCUAAAACCUACUAGCGUGUAAAACACACAAGAAUGUGUACUUGUCGAGUGAAAAUAUAUAUGAUUGCAUUGUACAGAUAUUAUC